UCGAGGAGUUCAGAGUGGACGCAGGCAGACCUCACAGCAACAUAGAUGGAAUAGCAAACAUGGAAUAUAACUGGAUACUGUUCUCUGUCUUAUUGCAGUCAACCUUCCAUCCAGGCAGCAGCAGACCCUCCAUCACCCCCUCCGUCUCCCCCCUGGUGGUCCCCCUCAACGCCCCCCUCAGCCUGCGCUGCCAGGGAGGCCCAGGGGUGCGCUGGCAGCGGGAGGACCGGCCCCGGGUGCGGGGCGAGGAGAGGAGCCCGGGGGCCUCGCUGCUCUACAUCCCCAGGGCGCAGCCUCUCCACAUGGGCCGCUACACCUGCACCGAGGACGCCUCCGCGGAGGGCAGCUCCAUCUACGUCUACGUCAAAGAUCCCGACAACGCCUUCAGGAAGUCGAUGGUGUUCAACAUCCUGUCUCGCGAGGGGGACAGCGUGUCCAUCCCGUGUCUGGCCACGGACCCAGGCAUGCUGGACCUGCAACUGGAGACAUGCCCUGGAGGACCCCUUCCCCCGGGCCUGCAGUACGAGGCUGGGCUGGAGAUGGGCAUCGUGAUCCUGGACACCCAGAAGUCCUUCGAGGGAUGCUACGUGUGUUCGGGACGGCUCGGCCACGCCCCUGUGAGGUCACACAACUAUGAUCUCAUCGUGCGGCCAGUCCCAGACACGCCCCCGGUGGUGCAGGUCCCUGGACCCAGGAGAGUGGUGCUGCUCCAGGGGCAGAGGCUGGCUCUGUCCUGCAUCACCACCAACGUCAACGGAGACAUCAAGCUCAAGUGGUCCGCCCCCCCUGGAUCGGGUGCCGUCUGGGCUUCGUAUCCACAGCAACCAUCGGUUGACAACGCGUCUCGCAUCCUGACGGAGCCCAUCACCCAUGUCCGCAGCGCCACGCUGCACAUCCCCGCCGUGAGGACCCGCGACGCCGGACGGUUCCGCUGCGAGGCGCAGAACGAGAGGGGGAGCAGUUCCGAGUCUGUCUGGCUGGAAGUCUACCUGAAAGGUUUCAUCCAGCUGGCUCCCGUGGAGAACAGCACCGUCCGCGUGCGGGCAGGGGAGAGCCUGACCCUGCAGGUGGAGAUGGAGGCCUACCCCCGGCCUCACAUCCUCACCUGGAGCUUCAUGAGCCACAGGCUGAAGAACACCUCGGAGCACGUCAUCACCACGCUCAACCACGCACACAGGUACCAGAGCAAGCUGAGGCUGGUGCGCUUGAAGAUGUCAGAGGGCGGAGUCUACACCUUGUCCGCCUCCAACGGCGACGCCAGUGUCAACCGCUCCUUCACCGUCUACGUGAUCAGUAAGCCGGAGAUCGUGUCUCAUGAGGGACCGGUGGACGGCCAGGUGCGCUGCGUCGCAGAGGGGUUCCCCGCUCCUCAGAUCACAUGGUUCUACUGCGAGCAGCCGUACAUGAGGUGCUCCCACCAGCUCAACGCCACGGAGGAGCAGCAGGACGUCGUCACGGUGACGGUGUUCCGGCCCAUGUUCGGGAAGACGGAGGUGGAGAGCCGUCUGAACGUCAGCCGAGGCAGGUUCAGCACCCUGGAGUGUGUGGCCACCGUGGAGGGGGAGCAAGCAUACACCCUGUUCUCCAUCAGCGAGAGGAUGGUGCCUCACCAUCUCUUUACUCCUCUGCGUGGCUUCGUGUCUGCAGCUGCCAUCCUCUGCCUUGUCCUCAUGAUGCUCAUCUACAAAUACCUGCAGAAACCCAAAUACCAGAUCCAGUGGAAGGUCAUCGAAGGUAUCCAUGGAAACAACUACGUGUACAUUGACCCCACCCAGCUUCCGUAUGACCACCAGUGGGAGUUCCCCAGGGACAAGCUGCGCUUUGGUGACAAGACUCUUGGCUCUGGAGCCUUUGGGAAGGUAGUGGAAGCGACAGCGUACGGACUCUCAAAAGCUGACACUGUGAUGACAGUUGCUGUCAAAAUGCUGAAAGCCAGUGCCCAUGCCACAGAGAAGGAGGCUCUGAUGUCGGAGUUGAAGGUCCUGAGUUACCUAGGAAACCACAUAAACAUUGUUAACUUGCUGGGAGCCUGCACUGUUGGAGGUCCUACUCUGGUCAUCACAGAGUACUGCUGCUUCGGAGAUCUCCUCAACUUCCUGCGCAGGAAGAGAGAGUACUUCCUGUGCUCCAAGCUGGGAGACGACUGCUACUACAGGAACAUCCUCCUUCAGAGAGAGGCUGCUGGAGACGCUAGUAGAAACGGCUACAUGUCUAUGAGGCCUUCUGUCGCUGGCACCAUGCCUUCUGGCUCCUCCUCCGAGAAGAGACGCUCCAUACACGGCUCCUGUGGUGAGGCUGAGGCGUUGAGUGAGAUGCUCCUGGAGGAUGGGCAGUCUCUGGACACAGAGGACCUGCUCAGCUUCUCCUACCAGGUGGCCAAAGGCAUGGACUUCCUGGCCUCCAAGAACUGCAUCCACAGAGACCUGGCUGCCAGGAACAUCCUGCUGACUCAGGGCAGGGUGGCGAAGAUCUGUGACUUCGGCCUGGCCAGAGACAUCACCACCGACUCAAACUAUGUGGUGAAAGGAAACGCUCGCCUCCCUGUCAAGUGGAUGUCCCCGGAAAGUAUCUUUGAGUGUGUGUACACCUUCGAGAGCGAUGUGUGGUCCUACGGAAUCUUGCUCUGGGAAAUCUUCUCUUUAGGAAACAGUCCAUAUCCUGGUAUGCCGGUGGAUUCAAAGUUCUACAAGAUGAUUAAGGAAGGACACAGAAUGGAGGCACCAGAGUUUGCUCCCAGUGAAAUGUACCACAUCAUGAGGUGUUGCUGGGAGGCUGACCCGGUGCAGAGACCUCCCUUUAGGGACGUGGUGGAGAGGAUUGAACAGCAGCUGUCUGAUGCCACCAAACACAUUUAUCUGAACUUCAGCUCCAGGUUCCCAGUGCAUGCUGGGACGGGGCCGAGCACGCCUGAGGACCAGACUACCCAGAAUGCAGCGCUCCAGCGCCUCAACUCAGCGGGCAGCAGCAACGUGUCCUCCCAGCCCCUCCUCUUCCACGACGUGGUGUUCCUGGAGGAGACCGGCCUCAGGGCCCACAGAGUGUAAGGACCCCAACCCUGACCCAGGGCUGCCCCUCAAAGUGCCUGCACCAAGCUGCUCCUGAGCCCCCCUCCCCCCCCACGCUCUGUCCUGACUGGACCUGCAGAGGGACCUGCUCCACAGCCAGCACCCCACCCCAGACUUGGAGGUCUGGCCAGCAAGGACUGGGGCUCCCCUGGAAGACUGUUCUGCCCCUGACCACUAUCUCACUAUCUAUCUCUCCUGUCCAUCCACAAAUGACCCCUUGCCCUCCCACUCUAGCCCCGGCUCCUGCUCCACCCCCCUUGUUUUUAUAUUACUCUGAAGAUAAGUUUUGUUGCAUUUAAAGGAAUCCUUGGGAGAUGGAAAAGUGAUCGUUUUCGUAUUUGAAUAACCCGGAGAUUAUACUGUCAUCUUGCUUGGCUGCUUCAACUGCAUGAACUUUUGUCAGUAUUAUUAUUCCAAACAUUCACUUCCAUGGUUAUAUGAAGAACUUAUCGUGUCUGAUAUUUCACGAGUCAAAUGCUUCAGCUACUGUUGCUGAACCGGGGUCUGCAAUGUAAGGUGUGUCCAGAUGUAUUCAGAUUUCCGGUGUUUCCAACUGUUUGGAUCAGGUAUGAAGGUACUGCAGUGUUAGUGUGUCUGCCUGUGUAUAGACUGUCCUCGGUAAAGCGUUUAACGGUGGUUCCACCGUAUGUAAGAUGUAAGCGGUUGGGA